ACAGCCUUGGUGAGGUCCUUGGUGCUCAACUGAGGUUCCACAUGCUGAUUCCCCAGAUGUUUGUCCCGGUAGCCCAGGAAUGAGGGCCCUGUUUGUGGGGCUUAUGUGGUACAGGCUCUCAAAAAACUCUUUGGCCACCUCUCGGACCUUAGCCUCUUCAGACACCACCACCCCUCUGCUGUGGCUGUGUCCAGAUGGUCAGGACGGCGUGCCCGGCAGCGAUGGAGGGUGGAACGCAGAUCCAGACCAUAAUUUGACUGAUGAGGGACCAUGCGAUGUUGACAUCUGGGACAAGUCACUGACUUAUUCACAGUUCAUCCAACAAUAUGCCUACUCCAAGCCAGUUGUCCUGAGAGGGUUUUCUGAUAACACGAAGUUCCAGCUCCUGUGCUCCAGGGAUAACCUGUUGCGGGAUUAUGGGGAGAAGCUGGUGAGGCUCAGCACCGCCAACACCUACUCUUACAGGAAAGUGGACGUCCCAUUCCAAGAGUUUGUGGAACAUCUGCUGAGACCCCAGUCGCUGGACACCUUGGGCAGCGACACCCUGUAUUUCUUCGGAGACAACAACUUCACGGAAUGGCGCUCGCUGUUUGAGCACUACCAGCCUCCUCGCUACUCCCUCCCGAACACCAGUGGGGCAUACAGCUUUGGCGUCGCAGGCGCUGGAACUGGGGUACCCUUUCAUUGGCACGGACCCGGAUAUUCUGAAGUCAUCUACGGCAGAAAGCGCUGGUUUCUGUACCCUCCUGAGAAAGAGCCUCACUUUCACCCCAACCACACCACCCUGUCCUGGGUCAGAGACACCUACCCCAGCCUCCCGCCGGAGGAGAGGCCCAUCGAGGUCACCAUUCGGCCCGGGGAGGUGCUGUACUUCCCAGACCACUGGUGGCACGCCACCCUCAACCUGGACACCAGCGUCUUCAUCUCCACCUUCCUGGGGUGACUACCUGGGAGGAAAUGACCUCUCCCGUCCCCCCGGAAACCAGACGGGGAAGUCCCGAGGACGUACACUCCGAGUUCUGAAAGCACGUGUAGUAUCGGCACUCCAAACAGUUACCUGCUACCAAGUGACUAAAUCGCUACUCAAUUGACAAGCACAAAUAUUUUGAGUGUUUAUAAACUGCUUCUGGGAGUAAAAAUGUUUAUUUGCAUCCAGCACAAACUGCCUACCCGUAAAUUUUGCGAUAUCAACUCAAACGAUGCAAUCAAUUUUAUGGGCAGAUCAUGAACCAUAACAUGAACUUGUAAAUUGCACUGCAAAGAAAAUAAAAUAUUUAUGAAGAUA